GCCCAAAGCCAGCCAACCUCAACCUCGUCUUGGUGCCAUGCCACCAUCAUACAUCCAAGGAUCUUUGCCUUCUCUCCAUGCCUCGCUCAGAAUGCAGUGCGGCUUCCUAGGCGGGCCAACUCUUUCCAAUUGCCAGGUUUGAUGGAAGUCUACCUGUAUUGCAAUGUCAGGGCGCACCAUCGGUGGAGGUCGAGUCAUUGGAAGCGGUAGAUCACUUGGACCACCCCCUCCACCGCCAAAGUCCUCCUCCCCUUUGCCUACUCAUGUUCUCUCUCCCUCGCCCUCGAACCUCUCUCUAGACACUACCGUCAGUGGUGCCUCGACACCUCCAUCUUCGGAUCCUCAGGAUAUCGCCUCAAGAGUUUCUCUCGACAAUGGAGGCUCUCAUCUUACCCACGCAGCGGCUGCUGCAGGCGGCCGUCUAGUCUGUCCUAUUUGCAAUGAGGAGAUGGUCACAUUGCUACAAUUGAAUCGACAUUUGGACGAUGCUCACAAGGAAAUCGAAGAGGAGCAACAGGAUGAAGUCAAAGACUGGUUCAAACAACAAAUGGUCAAGGCCAAGAAGUUCCAACCCCUCGCCGUCCUGAACCAGAAAUUAAAAGGCCUCGAGGUCUUCGAGUCCAACCAUGAUAUCGCUCGGAGUACCACCCCUACUCCUCGGAACCAUUCUUCCACCAGAGAGGUACAGGAUGUGAGGGUUUCAAGUACGCCUCCGCCUCCGCCAGCCAAACCAGCCGUCCCAGUUAUCGACCCCGAUGACAUUAUUCAAAAAGACCAUUGGCAACGGAGAACAGGAUUUGACUCUUGCUCUGACCCCACAUGUGAAAAAAGGCUGGGAAGUACCACUACUGGUAUUGUCAAUUGCCGUAGUUGUGGCAAGCUGUUCUGCGAUGAACAUACAAUGUACCAAAUGAAGUUGUCUAGAUCGGCUCAACAUGAACCUGUGCGAGGUUUGUGGUACCGAGUAUGCGAGACUUGCUACAAGAGUCGAGAAGGCUACAAUGACCGCCAUGGUCUAGAGCGAGAUCGGCUAAGUGCCUUCAACACUAUUCGCCAGGCCAGGACUGCUGAACGUCAAAGGGAGGUCUCAAGGUUGGAGAAGAGAUUGACGCGACUGACACAAUUGCUGGCAAAUCCGCCAGAAGAAGUUCCUCAACAACUCAACAAAAGAUGGUCACUAUCAUGGGGUCAGAAUGACCCUAGAAAGGCUCUGGAACAGACCAUUGUGGCCUGGCAAAAUGAUGUGGAUGUUCCUCGUUGUCCCUACUGCCAACAGGACUUUAGCCAGUACACUUUUCGUCGACACCACUGUCGAACAUGUGGAAAGGUGGUCUGUGGAGACCCAGCCACUGCAUGUUCGAUCUUGUUGCCUCUGACCGUCGAAAACACUAACAUACAUGGUUCCCCAACAGAAAAAUCCCCUACCGAGACCAUCGCACUUGAUAUAAGACUAUGCAAAGAUUGCAAUCACACCAUAUUCUCUCAUCGCGACUUUCAAGCAACCUUGGCAUCCUCUUCAGUCGCAGCUUUCACCCGGUCAUAUGGUAACCUUCUGCAAUUUGAAAGAGGCAUUCGACUGCUACUGCCGAAAUUUCAGAAACUCCUUCAGGCUCUCCAAGAUCCCGAUCGUCCGCCGACCUCGUCACAACUAGCUGACGCUUCUCGAACACGGAAACGUCUCAUGGAUUCAUUCACACAGUACGACACUGCUGCCCGUCGUAUCCGCGAUAUGCCCAGCACCUCACCAACACAACUCAAACUCCAGAAGGCCAUUUAUCAAAAUGCAUCUCAAUUCCUCCAUCUCCACAUGCUCCCGCUCAAGACACUACCUAAAAUACUCAAACACGCCACACCACAUGGCGCUCAUGCAAUAGGACCAAAGAUUGAUUCUGCCAACCCACGCUCUGCCCUUGCAGUCCUCAAUCCGAGCCACAUUCGACAUGACAGUUCCUCCAACCUGUCAGUGGCAUCGUUUAGCUCAAGCCGUGUCUCGGAACUGGAGGCAGAGGAGAAGUCGUUACGAGAGCGACUCAUCGUCCUCGAAGAGCAGAAGUUUAUGGUUCAAGAAAUGAUUGCUGAUGCUAACAAACGGAGGAAGUUCGAUGAAGUUGCUGCACUAGCAGGGAAUGUGGAGGACUUGAGCACCGAGAUCGACAGCGUGCAGAAGUUGGUGGACAAUCUGAAAAGCGAAUUUGAAGGUGUGUAUGCCUCUGGAGGGGGCUUAGGAAGCGGUGUGAACAGUCCUCAGCGUCUACCCAGCGACGUGGGUCCUCGAGCGGCCGGCAAGAUGAAGAUUGUUGACAAUGGUUGAUCAAUCCACUUGAUCGAGAGGGUAUCCGUCAUACCCUGUUGAGCAGCCACCUAUAAAGUUUGGCAUACUGAUGUUCCAUCCAUUGGCAAGUACCGGGAGGCGACAUAUUUGCUCACUUGGAAUCGUGGCAAAGUAUGCCGCAGCAGAUCCGAACAUUACGACAAAAACAGCAUUCACGGACUGUGAGCACCGGCAAUGACUGUUGGGAAUGAACCCUAUUCAAAGACUAGGAGAGAUAGAAUCCAUAGGCGUCACAACAAGGAAUAAAUCAUGAAGAGGCGGUCAUAUGGCGGACCUUAUGCAAUAUGUGGUAUCUCAGGUAUUUAGAAGCAUCAAUCACGAAUCCCAUUAUCGUAAUGAA